CGUCACCGUCAUGUCCAUGUACAAGUUCCACACGGGCGGCGACCGGCUGUUUAUGUCGGCGGGCCGCGCCGACGAGUAUGAGAGCGAGCGGGGCCGCGAGGCGGUGCCGGAGCUGGCGCAGGUGGUCACCUCGCGCCGCAUGGCCUCCGACGUGCACCAGUCGAGCAACGAGAUGCAUCGCACCGAGCGCCAGGGCGCCAUGAAGUCCGUCACCAUGCGGGUGAUCAAGAAGACCACCACGCUGUCGCGCGGCCACCAGAAGACGCGGAUGGAGAGCCUGCUGGAGACGGCCGACGGACGCAUGAUCAUGCCGGCGAAGCAGCAGCCCCAG